GGUUGAUGCCAUCACACUCUUUGUUGGAAUACCAUAAUCAGCAGAAUGAUGUUCAGGGUAGCAGUGGCUCUUGUCCUUUUUGGGGCUAUUAUUACGGCUUUUGAUAUCGGUCAUUCGGAAGAAUUGGCCAAACGGAAGGUUGGUGGUCCAAAUAUGGUCUGUUAUCAGCAUCCAUUGGACAUCGUUUUCAUCCUUGAUGCUUCAUCCAGUAUCUGGGCCCAGAACUUCACCAAAGCUAUAGCUUUCGUAAAUAGCUUUAUUGCCCCAUAUGAAAUUGGUCCACGAAAAGUACGAGUUGCUAUUGAGACCUAUGCCGAUGUAGUGUACACUCAAGAUGUCAUUAAUUUCAACGAUUUUCUCACACGUGAAUCUUUGCAGAAGCGAAUUGCUGGUUUGAAAUGGCACCAUGGAUCAAGAACCGAAACUGGUAUGGGUAUUGCCUAUAUGACAGACAACAUAAUGCCAAAAUCUAGACCAGAUCUUCCCAAGAUCUGUAUUGUUAUUACCGACGGAAAAUCUCAGGAUUCCGAAAAGACAGCUGCCGAAGCCGAGCGAGCACGCGAUGCAGGAAUUGAGAUGUUCGCUAUUGGUGUAAGCAGGGCCGUUAAUGCAUCAGAACUAGAAGCUAUUGCUGGUGAUCCUGACCGAGUCAUCAUUGUAGAAACCUACUCCGAGUUGGAAGCCAUCAAGGAUAAAUUGUCUGGAAAGACAUGUAAGAAGAUCCCAACUACUACACCUCCUCCCACAACCACCACAACUCCACCACCAACAACUCCAGCAGCUGAAGAAUGUGGUAUGGAUAAUCCCACUGAUAUUUACUAUGUCUUCGAUCCUGCUUAUCUCGGUAUGGAACGAGUUAACUGGGUAACACAGUUCAUCACACACACGCUCAGUGCCCAGGAAUUCCUCCAUAUGAGAGUGGGUGUCAUCAGUGGAUCAUGUCCACUGGAUGCUGGAUUUAACCUCAAAGAAUAUGGAAGCGUUGCUGAUGUUGAAGAAAGACUUAGAGGAUAUGAUAAGCCGAGACUUACAAAACUUAUUGGUUCCCUCACCUCUGCCUAUAAACGUCGCGAAGGUGGACGUCCUAAUGCUCGUAAAGUUGCUGUUAUAUUCAUUGGUGGAAAAAUUGACCAAGUAGCUGUUAUCAGAAAUGCACAAGCUGCCAGAGAAGCUGGUGUUGAUGUUUACUUCGCUGAUGCUGGAAAUGCUGAUCCCGGUUUUCUUGAUGCUCUCAACGAAAUCGGAUUCAACUUGGCCAGAGCUGGACGUGGUGCCAGGAGACAAGCCCUUGCCUUUGUUGAAGAAAUAUGCGGACGAUAUUAAAUGUAUCAGAGAUGAUUUACCAGGAUGGAACGAUGCCGACAGCCGCUUGUUGUUUUUAUUUGUUGUAUUAUAUAUAAAUAAGUAAAUAAAUUACGUUAGCAAUGCAAA